GGCGUGAACCCGGACGUUCGGACCAGAUCACGUCACGACUAGACUGCGAUCAAAACCGACCGUCCGCCGAAUUCGCUAUGCAGGUCCCCGGCCGUGCUGGAGUUUCCCUACUCGGCGACGAGUCUAUAGAAUUCUAUAAGACACCUCGCGAGUACCUGGAGAAGCGGAGAAAAACCUACGGGGACGUCUUCCUAGGGCGGAUCAUCAACAAACGCACCGUUUUCUUGACUUCAAACAAAGCCGUGCAAAGUCUGCUGAAUGAUGAGUGGCAGCACUUCUCAAUGGGCUACAAGGAGUUUAUGUACGAGCUCUUUGACGAUAAUGUCUUAUUUCUGGAAGGAGAUGCAUGGCACAGUAUGCGGAAAUCUUUGGAAAGCUUGUUUGACCAUGAGUCUGUUGCCAGAUGCUUGGAGGAAACCAAGAGCGUUGUCGAGGAAUUCUUUCGUAACUUCUCUACCAAUGAACCAGUGGUGGUUUACAAGACAUUCAAGUUGCUAGCAACGAGACUCUCCAUAGCUCUGUUUCUCAGCCACCACACAAGUCCUGAAGACUCCCAGGUAAUCGCUGAACUCAUGACACUGCACUGGAGAGGAAUCAUCUCUGUGCCCGUCAACAUGAGGGGCCCCUGGUCCCUCUGGCAAUCAGGCUAUAGCAAGGCACUCUCUGCCAAAGACAGGCUGAAGGCUAUCAUUGCAGACAUCAUCAAAUCAAGACCUUCAGCAAUAGCAUCUAGUAUUGAAGCCUGCUGCACUGAAGAUAAGGAAGCUGGACUCAGACAUUUGCUGCUCUUUGUCUCUGCCCUCAUCCCCAAGGCCUUUGCUUCAAUCCUGACCUCCCUGGUCCUGGAGCUCUCCAAGCCAGAGAAUGCCAGAUGGAGAGAGUGUUCAAAUGAUGAUUCAUUGCUGGACAACAUUGUUCUAGAAGCACAGAGACUGUGGCCACCAUUUAUAGGAGGCAGGAGAGUGUGCACGAAGGAUUGUGUAGUUGCCGGCUAUCGUAUUCCAGAAGGCAUGUCAGUUGUGUACUGUGCGUACCUGGCCAAUCGAGACUCGGCUGUGUUCUCAGAGCCCGACAGCUUUAAACCAGAGAGAUGGUCACAGCAGAAUGCAGGUGAUCGUGAAAAGGUUUGGACAUUUGGUGGAGGCCCCAGGCAGUGCAUUGGGCGGUAUUUGUCUACCACGCUACUCAGAGAGAUGUUGAAGAAGCUCCUCCAGAAUUUCACGUGGGAGGUGGUCCCAGAGCAAGACUUGAGGUACAAGGUGCUCCCUGUGUGCAGACCCAAGGAAGACGUGAUGGCCACGUUUACCAGAACCUCCUCCUCCAGUGACUCCUCAUAGAAUAGAAAAGUAUAUGCCAGAUAUUUUUAACUGUACAAUCAUACAUUAUCAACAAAAACUAUUAUAACUCCAGAUUCUCUAGAUUUGUGCAAGCGCUUAUCUGCUCAUAAACACACUAUAUACACUAUAAUGUCAGAGUUAUUUGUAAAUGUGUACACAGCCUGUGGCCUUGCAGCUCACAAACACAAAUCCCUCUUCGUCUACCGUAACGCCACAGGGCUCUGCAGUGCUCUUCUGAUUCAACCCCGGGAGCUGGACUUGCAUGACAAACUCCCCCGACGGAUCAAACACCUGCACGCUGUUCCACGUCUUGUCGGUCACGUAGAGGUAGUCACGACUGUCGAUGCAGAUGCUCGAGAUGUAAUGAAAGGUACCCUUCCCGUGGCCCUCUCCACCGACGCUUCGUUGGAACUCAAAAUCUCGGUUGAAAACCUUCACGACGUAGUGGCCGCAGUCGGCUACGUAGAUGUUUCCCUGGCUGUCAAAGUCAAUGUCCUGAGGAUAGUGGAAGUUUGAUAGCUCGUCUCCUCUCUCGCCAAAGCUGGAUUUGAACUGCAGUUCUCGAUCAAAGACUUGUAUCCUGUGGUUGUCUUUGUCGCAGACGUAGACAUUUCCGUUUUCUUUGCUCACCCGAACGGACUGCGGGAGAUUGAACUGUCCCUCUUCCUCCCCUCUCGACCCCACACUCUUCUCAAACUCUGCUUCCUUCAAGUCAGAGCUGAGUCUGAACCGCUGGAUUCUGUAGCACCAAGUAUCGGCCAAGAUAAAGCCACCCUCCCCGUCCAUGUCGAUGCCCCGUGGAUAGUAACACUUUCCCUCCACUACUUUCUCAUACGAGUAAAGAGAAGGGAUAUACUCCCCGCACGAUUCCCCCAUCCUGUUGUACGAAAGUACCCCUUUAUACCCACGGCCGUUCGUCACGAAAACCUGAUCCCGAUACCCUGCCACCAAGCCCCACGGUUCCUUGAUGCUUUCUAUUGUGCGGACGAGUGUUCCGGUAAAGUGGAUACUGAGAGGAGCGCAAACAAUGACAUCCAUACUCCCUGAGGACUGCGGCAGUGAGAUCUGCAUGUUGUUCUUCCUGUUGUUGGUAGGGCACUUAUAUCCCACAAUGAGCUCUGAAGAGCCGGCACCAGUGAGAACUGCCCGGUUCACAGCAGCUAUGUCCUGCAGCUGAAUGUAGGCCUCGGCGAGUGUCGACUCGUUGGGGGAUGCAAGUUCUUGUGAGUCUGGAGAGCUCUCCCCAACAACAGCUCUCACUUCGAUGUCUAUCUCGCGAAGUCGCGUCUCCAACAGCUGGGCUUUGGCCGACGCUGCCUCGAGAGCGAGUGCCAUCUCCAGUGUGUUGUCAAAUGGUGGGUCAGGGGUGACUUUUGUGAGCUCCUCCACGAUUUUUACAGUCUCUGGACGUUUGGUAGGGUCAUCGCUGAGACAGAUCUCUGCCAGCAGCCUCAGGGGACUCUCUCUCUCCAACUUAUCGAGGUAGACUUUCCUCUUCUCGACCUCGGUGGGUGGCAUCACUCGCCUGGUGUUUGGAUCCAGGUACGUUCUCCUGAACGGCCACUGGUGUGUCACGACAUGGAGGAUCAGGACUCCAAAACGAAAAGACAUCGAUUUUCGUGCUGUAGUCGGAUUUAGAGACGAGAGCCUCCGGCGGCAUGUAGCAGUUGUUGCCUGGAGCAGUGGUCUUUUUCCGAGUGGGCGAUUGUUCCAGUAACUUGGCCUGUCCGAGGUCGCUGAUCUUGGCCUGCAUGUGACUAGUGAGGAGGACGUUGUUGGCGGUGAGGUCACGGUGCAUUAUCGGUGGACUUUGCCCGUGUAGGUAGCGCAGACCACUCGCCACAUCCAGCAGAAUGGAGCACUCCAUGCAAUGAGGCAGUCUCUGAUACUUGUCGAGACACUGCGAGAGAGACAUGGGGAGGCACUCCAUCACGAUGAUGGGCACGGGGAGCUCGGGGUCGGCGAAGUGAACUCCUAUUAGCUGGACAAUGUUGGGGUGUUUCAACUUGCUGUGACAGAGACACUCGUCGAUGAAUCGGUCGUAGAGAUCGCUGAGCCUCUCAUACUCGUUGAACAGUAGCUCCCGGUGCAGGGAUUUUGCAGCACACCUGAGACCGGAGUCGCGCGAAUAUUGUCACGUGAGUGAGCACAACCACCGGGAACUUACUUCAUCCCAAGGACCUUCACCUCUACAACUUCCCCGUAAGCGCCCUUGCCCAGCACUCUCCCUGUCUCUACUACCUCGGGGAGCUCUAGUGGAGCGAGCGCAGGCAGACGUGCAGCCAUGCUGGUCGGUCGGACAACAAGUAGAGCUCGCCUCGCGAAUGUAGCCACGCGCAUGCGCUCAAGAUCGACUCAUUUCAAUUCAGACACCAAACAGGUAAAAAGUGGGUCUACUGAUUUUGCUGCUGCAGUCGACAGGCAACGGCUGC